AUGGAUUUACCCUUUCGUGGCCGUGACCUGCUCCAACCAAAUGACAAUGAACCUGUGCAACUCAAGGCUGGUCUGGACUUCGGAACAACUUUCACUUCAGGCGUGCUUUGCUGCAGAACACAUUCCACAAAAUGGCUCCCGGCCCCUACCCCAAGAGCAUUUCAAAUGUACCAAGGAGCCCCCGGCAUUUUGAAAAACCAGCCAAACACAGAAGUGCCGUCAUGCGUUCGGUAUGAACAGGGUCGCAUCAGUACCGGACACGAUGCGGAGAGUCGGGACGAGAAUGACUGGGAGUCCGCAGUCGAGACUAUCAGGUGGUUGAAAGUCGGUCUGGAUGAUCAACCUGCGCUGGAGAACAUGCGAGAAAAGGUGUUGCAGAGCUUGCCAUCGGGUAUGCCAAUUGAUUCGGUAAUAGAAGACUUCUUGAGCGAGAUCUUUGCAAGCUGGCGGCUGGAGAUCGAAGACCUAGAAUUUCCACCAGAUGCCAUUAUUGAGUUGAACUGUGCCGUACCUGCGGCAUGGAAAACAACAAAAUCUCGCCUCAGGUUUUCAAUGGCGAUACUAGCCGCUGGAAAACGAGCACGUCUCAAUAUACAUCCCAAUAUCCGAUUCUGGCCUGAGCCGAUCGCUGCCGCAGCAUAUAUGCUUCAGAAAGCCUGGAACCUGAAACGUGACUUGAAGGUCAACGAUAUCGUUGCUGUUUGCGAUGCAGGAGGUGGCACUACAGACAUAACCUUGCUCCGAGUCUUGAAAGUCGACCCGCCCGAAUUCAAAGAGCUGGCAACAGAUGGGAUACCGUACGGAUCGGAAAAUCUUGAUCAGAAUUUUGAAGUUCAGAUCGACACCCGGAUCAGGAUGGCGGCAGAAUGCAAUCCCGACUGGGAACCGCCAUCAAAUGAUGCGAUAAAACACGUUCUGAAGGUUUUCAAGACACGCGAGAAACGAGAAUUCGAUGGAAACCAGGGACACUUUCGAAUUCGGCUUCAGGGUUUACCUGCAGAUCCUCAACGGCGAUUCGAAAAAGAUCGUAUUGACAAUCGCAGUGAAGAUUUACGGGCAAUUUUUGAUCCGGUGCUGGACAAAAUCUGGAGCCUUCUUCGGCGCAUGCUCGAGGUGCAGUCUCUAGAGGAGGCCUUUGUGAAGGAACUGCUCUUGGUCGGCGGCUUCUCCGGCAAUAAGUACCUCCAAAAAUUUCUCACGGAAAAGUUGCAUUCAUGGACGAUCGAACACAGGAAACCAAAGAUCAAACUUUGUCCCAUUACAAACCCAGUGAUUAUGCCAUCGCUGAGGGCAGCAUUUACUGCUCUUCAAAAGAAAUCAACAGGAUCCAUCGCACCAAUCAAUGCAGCAUUGGCUUACCUCAACAACAAGGAUGGUCGAAAGGGAGACCGGGUCAUCCAACCCAACGGCCUGAUCCUGAUCCUCUCACUGGAGAAUAUCUGGUCAGCGACUGCAUGGUCUUCCCUAGCAAAAGGGUGGGGUCACGACGUUGCUGAUACUGAGCCCGUUGAGCUCCUCAGAAGCUUCCACCCCGACCAGAAUAUAGUCCCAAUUGAAGUCAAGUUGUAUAGCGUCGACAACGAUGGCGAGGACAACUAUCCCUUGGAUCACCCAAAAAAUAAUGGUUAUCAGCUAUGGGUGAUCGUUAACUUCGAAGUUGAUGUAUCGUCAUUCAAGGACAAGCUCGUGACAUGGACCGAAGACAAUCCGCAGCCGGGUUUCGCACGAAUCAAGUCCCGGAUCAAGAGCACUGAUGGCUCCAAUGGGGGACCACGGCAGUCAGAGCGAGUGCGAAAGCUAACAGAAAAACAACGUCUUCUACAAGGCCAGCAGUCCCGCAAAAUCACCGGACAGGGCAAAGGCAAGGCUCCUUUAUUGCCUCUAGUUUCUGAGCAAGUUGACUUGCCCUCUACUGUCCACGAAAGCGGCAAAACAGAGCUAGCACAUACGCAAGACGAUGGCUACCUUCAAUGGAAAACUCUUAGUUUCUUUUUCUCCAUGAGGCAUGAGGAUGGUAUGCAGACGCAUUAUAUACUUGAAUGUCCGAUGGCACCGCCUGGCGAAAGGAAGACGGAAGGUGUUGCAAGCCUGACUUGGAUGCAUGAAACGGGGACGUGCUGA